AUGGAAACAACAGAGAAUGCAAUGUUUGUAGAGAACGCGACACAGGUGAUCAACGGUUCCAACUCCAGCUCUCACUUCUUGACGACUACUGCAUCAGAGAGCCCUGUGGCCGUGGGGCGAUAUUCCCGACCUCCUGGUCUCAUCUCCAGGGAGGUGGCUGGUGACGUCACAGAGGCAGUGUACUGUUACAUACUGCCAGUGCUGGUGGUGUUGGGAACCCUGGGGAACGUGAUGAGCCUGGUGGUUCUGUGGGCGGAGAAGAAGAGGGACACCACCAACAUGUCGCUGGCUGCACUGGCCGUUUCCGAUACAGGAUACAUACUCACAACAUUCGCCAGGCAGACCUCAUGUAUCAUCAGUAAAUUCGACCCGGUUUGGGCGCGAAACUACACGACGCUGAUGUAUGGCCAGAUGAUCGUAGUGAACAUCUGCUUCUCCCGUAUCACAGGCGUCAUCACCGCCAUCAUCUCCACAGAGAGGUGUCUCGCUGUUGUCCUGCCCCUCAAGGUGCGAGACUUAGUGACCAACUCCCGCAUAGCCAUCGCUUUAGUCCUGACCUACGUGCUGACCUUUGCCCUCAUCGGUCCUGUCUUUGCCAGCGGCGAGUCUCUGUGGGUGACCAACCCCCGCACUAACAGAACCUACGUUACCUAUCGCACCACCCAGUGGUACAAUGAGAACAAGGAGUUUGCCGACAACUACAGGGACAUUUUCCUGAAUACCAUGUUCCGAUUCCUCCCUGUCGUUCUGGUGUGCUGCAAUACGAUAGCCAUUAUCGUCAGGCUCAAGAAAGCGAGUGCCUGGCGCGGCGACUCCUCAAGCCAGGCGGGACAGGCACGUGCAGCCAAGGAGAGGAAACUGACCACAAUGUUGCUCACCAUCUGUGGCAUCUACCUCUUCUGUACAUUGCCGGGGCUGGUGUUUCAGGUGUUCACGUACAUCACAGACGAGUUCUCCGUGUUUGGCCGCUAUGCAGCGAUGUACACUAUGACCACCUCGCUCAGCAUCCUGGCACAGUUCAUCAACUCCAGCGUCAACUUCCUCGUCUACAUGGCCAUGAACGACCGCUUCGCCAAGACCUACGUCAAGGUUUUCUGCUGCAAGAAAUGUCUCAGCAGCACAAUUGAAAAAGGCGGCGCGGCGAAGACCAAGGAAUUGAAGACCGCCAGCACCAAACUGACCUCAGCUGGGGGCGUGUCCUCCACCGCAGACGGGAGCUCUGUCUCCAAGGACGCUGACCCAGCACAGGUCAAGGUCAAGGCUUGA